AUGACUGUGAUUGAAUCACAUUUACUUUUAUCUCACCUUUUGUCAUUAUUCAUCGUUCUCUGCAUUGAAAUCAAUUCGAUAUUUUCAACGUGCGAUAUGACAUCGAAACAAUUAGAAGCUGCUUCAUCGACGUAUUUACGAUUGAAAAAUGAGCGUGGUCAUUGGCAUGGUCAAGAUCAUAAUCCUGCCAUCGAUAAUUUCGAAGGUGAACGUCAUUUAGCCAUGAUUGAAUUACAAAAAGCUUUAGGACAAUCAGGAACAUCUGCUGAUGAUAUCAAACGUUUGAUGGGUGAACCCACGAAGAUCCUUGAUCAGCCUAAUGACGUUCUCUUACACGAACUCAAACGUCACAAUGAAAACUAUCGAUACCCACAGGAUACGAAAAUCUGGGUUUACGAAUGGCGUGGGAAUCACGACUUUGUAUAUUUUCUUGUAUCGAAAGAUAAUAAAGUCAUCGAAUCGGACUGGUAUCAAGCACUCGAAUGA